AUGACCAGCUUCCGCCGUCUUGCUCUCGCUCUUGGAGCUCUGCUCCCUGCAGUCCUCGCCGCUCCCACUGAGAAGCGGCAGGAACUCACUGCCGCGCCUGACAAGUACAUCAUCACUCUCAAGCCCGAGGCUACUGAGAACAAGAUCGAGGCUCACUUGAACUGGGUCAGCGAUGUCCACCGCCGCAGCCUGAACAAGCGUGACACCUCUGGUGUUGAGAAGAAGUUCAACAUCAGCAGCUGGAACGCCUACUCUGGCGAGUUCGACAAGGCUACCAUUGAUGAGAUCAAGAAGAGCCCCGAGGUUGCUUUCGUCGAGCCUGACUACACUGUCUACCUCGACUACGAGACCGAGCUCACUGACCGUGCUCUGACCACCCAGAGCGGCGCUCCUUGGGGUCUUGCCUCCAUCUCCCGCCGAACCUCCGGUGGCAGCACCUACACCUACGACACCACUGCCGGCUCCGGCGCUUACGGAUACGUCGUUGACAGCGGCAUCAACGUCGACCACCGAGACUUCGGUGGCCGUGCUUCUCUCGGUUACAACGCUGCCGGUGGUGCCCACGUCGACACCCUGGGCCACGGUACCCACGUUGCUGGAACCAUUGCUUCCGCCACCUACGGUGUUGCCAAGCGCGCCAACGUCAUCUCUGUCAAGGUCUUCACUGGCAACAGUGGCUCUACCUCUACUAUCCUCGCUGGUUUCAACUGGGCUGUCAACGACAUCACCUCCAAGGGCCGCACUGGUCGCUCUGUCAUCAACCUGUCUCUUGGUGGUCCCGCUUCUCAGACCUGGACCACUGCCAUCAACGCUGCCUACAACUCUGGUGUCCUCUCCGUUGUUGCUGCCGGUAACGGUGACGAUUUCGGCCGCCCUCUUCCCGUCUCUAGCCAGUCUCCUGCCAACGUCCCCAACGCUCUGACCGUUGCUGCCAUUGACUCCAGCUGGCGCACUGCCUCUUUCACCAACUACGGUGCCGGUGUUGAUGUCUUCGCCCCUGGUGUCAGCAUCCUCUCCACCUGGAUGGGCUCCACCACUGCUACCAACACCAUCAGCGGUACCUCCAUGGCCUGCCCUCACGUUGCUGGUCUUGCUCUCUACCUCCAGGUUCUCGAGGGUCUUUCCACCCCUGCUGCCGUCACCAACCGCAUCAAGGCUCUUGCUACCACUGGCCGUGUCACUGGCACCCUCAGCGGCAGCCCCAACCUGAUCGCCUUCAACGGUGCAUCUGCUUAA